AUUAAGUUAUGUUAUACGCCAAUUUGAGUUGUCAUAUAUCAACAGACUUUUUGUCAGUUGUCCACCACAAAACAUAAUUUUAAAGACAAAUUAGAUAAAUAUAUGUAUACAUUGAAAAGGAAUAAGUGCAUGUCUUUGUCAUCUGUAUACAGUACAAGGUUUUUGUGAUGAAGCAUGAACUACAUUUGAGCCUUCAAUAUGCAACGAGAAACUGGAGUACAGAAAGAUAACAAGGAGGAAAAAAAUUGAUCAGGCCAGAAAGGCCAAACACCAAUAAGUCACACACAACGCAAUGCAAGGAGAAAAACUAGCUGGUCCACACAAUUCAUCCACCAUCAUCUACCAUAUUAGGCUAUUUUGCAUGCCAAAAUCGUAGACACCGCUUAAGACCCCUCUAUUUAGAAUAGAACUCACUGGAUGCCUGCUUGGUUUGACAUUUGGAAUUGGCCAUGCAAAUGCAGUCACCCUGCUGCAUGUCCAUCAUAUAGUUAAUAUCCAUGGUAGAAAACUUAGAUUGAUAGGAAAAGGCCAGACUAAUGGGCAUGGCAAAGGAACAUUUUGUGCUUGUUCACGGUGAAGGUCAUGGAGCCUGGUGCUGGUUCAAGCUGCGGUGGCUCCUUGAGGGCUCCGGCUACCGCGUCACAUGCAUUGACCUUGCUGGAGGUGGCGUUGAUCCUACCGAUCCCAACACAGUCCGGUCGUUCAAGCAAUAUGACAAGCCGCUCAUAGACCUCAUCUCAAUCUUGCCAGAGGGGGAGAAGGUGAUUCUAGUCGGACACGGUGCUGGAGGGCUGAGUGUAAUUCAUGCAUUGCAUGAAUUCGUUGACAGGAUCAGUCAAGCAUUUUUUGUGGCAGCUACAAUGCUACCAUUUGGUUUUCAAACUGAUGAAGAUAAGAAAGAUGGAUUACCAACUUUGCCUGAGAACGAGAUUGAAUUGACAUUUGGUGCAGCAGCAGAUGAUCCUCCAAUAACCGUUGCCUUGAGACCAGAAUUCCAGCGUGAUCGACUAUCCCAGCAAAGCCCUGAAGAGGAAUCAGUCCUUGCUUCAAUGCUGAUGCGACCGUGGCCUGCAACAGCUAUUAGUAGUGCAAGCUUUGAAGGAGAUGAUGAGAGAUUAAAUCGAGUCAAACGGAUUUUCAUAAAGACAGAGCGUGACCAUAUGCUGGACCCUGAACAGCAAGAUUCCAUGAUCAAGAAGUGGCCACCCAGUGAAGUUUUAGUCAUAGAUACAGAUCACAGUCCCUUCUUCUCUGCACCAGAACAACUCUUUAAUUUAAUAGUCAAAUCACUCUGAUGCAAAUAUGCAGAAAGCUACAGAC